GUAAAAACCCAUUUCUGUCCCGCUUUAUCCAAAGAUGCUGGCAUCUCAACCUCAACCCCAAUCCCACCACCUCUCCCCCACCUUCCACCUCCACCACUGCCGCCGUUUUCCACCACGUCCCGCCAUUCUCCACAUUCGUUCCAGACGCCUCCACCUCUCCCCCAUCUCCUCCUCACUCCACCGUACACUCCCCGACCAAGACAACGACGGCGCAUCAAUUACUGAAAAUAACAUUCUCCGCACCCACAACUCCAGGUCCACCGCCCUCCUCCUCCGUCACCUCUCAGCCCAAGAUCAAGAAGACCCACAUGGACAAAAUAUACAAGGAAACCUACCAUUGCUCAAACAAGAUAGAGAAAAGUUGCUUGAAAUUUCAUUGCGAAGUAAAAGGACCCCUCAGUUUCCAGGAUCCAUUUACGUAGAUUCUUCUUCGCCACUUGCGCAGAGUGCUUUCACCGGGGAAAAUAGUAAUCUUGAUCAGGAUGAAGAUGAUGUUGAUGAUGAAAUGCUUGUGCAGGCGCUUGAGAUAAGGAGGAAGGUGACUGCGGAGAUUUUCAAGGAGGCUAUGCGAAAGGGCAAGUUUGGGAUCACUUAUUGCGAGAAUUUGGUUUCAAGAAUACCGGAAUUUAUUGAUUAUGUGAUGAUUAAGGCUGUUGCCAUGAAGAAACUUACUGAGUUCUCGCGAUCCUCAUAUAAUGUUCGUGCAAGAGUCUUUAUUGAUGAAUCUGAAGUUGUGCCUCUCAUAAGGUGGUUGAAACACAAUUCACUUUCAUACCCUCAAAUUGGGAAGUUGAUAUGUGCAUCAAGAGGAAACCUUUAUUCAAUAAGAGGGUUGGCAGAAUGGUUGAAGUCUAUCCAUGUGAAAGGGAGGUUUAUUGGAGUGGCGCUGACACGGGCUGGUGGAAAUGUAUUGGAACGCAGCUUACAGGAAUUAGAUGAGAUUGUUGAAUAUUUGGAGAGCAAUGGUGUAAGAAGGGAUUGGAUGGGCUAUCUGGUAAGCAGAUGUCCUGAGAUAUUAUCUUUUAGCAUGGAACAACUGAAGUCCCGCGCUGAAUUCUAUUUGAAUAUGGGUAUGGAUAAAAAUGACUUUGGAACUAUGCUUUUUGACUGUCCCAAGGUGCUUGGUUACCUCUCUAUGGAGGAGAUGAAUCAAAAGGUAGCCUAUUUGAAAGAUUUUGGCCUCAACAAUGAAGAUGUCGGAAGAUUAUUAGCAUUUAAACCACAGUUGAUGGCUUGUAGCAUUGAAGAUCGAUGGAGGCCUCUUGUGAAGUAUUUUUAUUACCUUGGGAUUUCCAGAGAUGGCAUGAGAAGAAUCCUCACUAUGAAGCCAAUGGUUUUCUGUGUGGAUUUGGAGAACACCAUUGUGCCAAAGGUUCAAUUUUUACGAGAUAUAGGCGUUCAGGAAGAUGCUAUUGGCAGUGUGCUUGCCAGGUUUCCGGCAUUGCUGACAUACAGUCUGUACAAGAAGAUACGCCCUGUGGUAAUCUUCUUGUUGACAAAAGCUGGAGUUUCUCAACAGGACAUCGGGAAGGUGAUAGCCUUAGGGCCAGAGCUCUUAGGAUGCAGCAUAGCCAAUAAACUAGAUCGCAAUGUGAAAUAUUUUUUAUCACUUGGCAUAACACUUCCGGUGUUGGGUAGGAUGAUUUCUGAUUUCCCGAUGCUGCUCCGGUAUAAUGUAGAUGUCCUUCGUCCCAAGUAUCGUUAUUUGCGAAGAACAAUGAUACGACCUUUACAGGAUCUUAUUGAGUUUCCAAGGUUUUUCAGCUAUUCACUUGAAGAGCGAAUAAUCCCUAGGCACAAGAUUAUGGUGGAAAACCGGAUAAACUUUAAGCUACGGUACAUGUUGGCAAGCACAGAUGAAGAAUUUGACAUGAGGGUUAAGGAAGCGGUGGAAAGACGAAGAAGGUUUGAAUUUGGUGUCACAUAUGAACCACCAUCAGAUUCUCAGAAUGAUGAUAGCACAAAAACGUCAUCUUUUUCUCAAAUGCCAGAUAUUGCAGUAGAGAGUACAUAAUUCAGAGCAUUCGAAGAAGAUUCUUGUUGUACAUUGUUAGCCGUGGAACUCUAAGCAAUUGACGGCAUCUGGAUUAUAGAAACCUGAAUAUAAGCAGAACUUUGUCUUGUAAAUGAAGAAAAAGAUAUAUAUAUUUUCGAA